AUGUCUGAUCGCACCUCAUCUGCGACCUUCCGAGUUGGAUUUCCUUCACCUUCAUCCCCUUCAGUCGGUUACUUGAAAGAGAACGAUCAACCGUACAUUUCGUCAGAUCACUUUCCCCAGACUCCGACAUCGCCUCCGUUGAUGUCGGUCAGCGCUCAGAGCCAUGCCACAUACUUCGCACCCUCGCAAACGUCACCUAGGCAGGCAACAUCACAAUCCGCAGACUACUCCUCACUGCCCCCUUCGGAUCCAAUGUCUUCCCAGAUAUCGCAACAGCCGACCCUAAGCAGUACGACGACUUCGUUUCCGACUCCGGCCAGUAGUGUGAGUGGUCAUUUGGUGGACGCGGACAAGUUGACUGGUACUGGAAUGCAGGAAUCUGGGUCAACUGUCACGGCAGAUGCAAAUCUGGUCCCUACACAAACGCCUCCAGAGCACACACAGACAGACCAUGACCGGAAUAUGGGUGGGGCCGAUCCCGGGACUAGAGUCCGGGAUUCUGCGAAUAUGGACGCAAUGGAGAUCGACAACAAUGACAACAGCGGUAGCAGCAACAACGAGGGUGCGGCCUCGUCGGAGAAUAAUGGUUUCAGCUUAGAUUCCCUUCAAAGGGAAUUUACCUCGGCCUACCAUCUCUGCAAAAGCUCCCAUGUUGCAACUGGUCCAGACCCAUCAUUAGACCUUGUCUCGUUGUACGGGCUCGGUCCGAUUGCGAAAUCCGUAGCACGGAUGGAUCCGGUCACGGGAGAAAAGAUCAAUAGACUACGGAAAUCAUACGAAGGCAAGUUGAAAGGGCUUGGUUUGGCGGGCAGAAACAAGCCUGUCAAAAAUGAGGCAGGCAUGCCUGGUAGUCUGAGACAUCUCACCAUGUGGCCUGAAGAGGAAUGGCAGAACCAAAAGGUCUUUGGGAAGCAAAUCAAGAUUGCGGACAUGGAUUCAGCAUUGCAACAGUUGCAGAUGAAGGCUAUGAAAUUGGAGCCAGGCACCGUGCCAAACAACGAUUACUGGGAGGACGUGCUGGGCCAUGAGAAGCCGUCGAAACAUGCAGGUGCAGGUGAUGCUGGGAGAAAGGCGGCUGCGCCAUCUGGGGGUGUUCGAGCGCCCAGUCAGUCAAACGGCACACCCGCUCCCGCAGAGCUGGAGCGAAGUCGACCCAGUCGCGGACACAAGAGACGUUACGAUGACAACAGCUUUGUUGGUUACGGCGAAGGUUACGCAGAUGACGACGACGAGGGCGCCUUCUAUUCGAACAGCGAAGGAAUCGGGAAGAAAAAGCGCAAGAAGGUAUGA